GCGUUGUGAUCUCCGUUAAUAUCACUGACUUCACGCUGGUCAGUCAUGAAAUAAAGCGGCUGCUUAUGACCACAGUAACAUCCACGCUGCAGUCUUUAAAUCACUUCAGUCUACAUUUUCGUGGGCCCGCUGAUUCUGUACAACACGCAUGUCGUGUUUUGGUGAUGUUGGCUAUUAAACCGGAAGAUCUGUCAAUCUGGAUGGGAAUGGAGAGCAGCACCAUUGUUUUAAUCAGCCCGUGAAGUUGGACCCAGCCUGAAAAUAAACCAAAUUUCAACAAAUACCAGAUACCGAGGGAUCCGUUACUAUUUCAUCAACAGUUCGCGACCAAAUUCCGGAAGUAAUUGCCAGAUUAGGAUUUUUUUUUUUUUUUUCUCCAAUCGUUUACAUUUAUAGACUUAUUUCAACCGUAAUCUUUUUUUUUUUCGUGCCAUUUUCUCAAUGAGAAAGUGCUGCAUUGACAGAUCAGCAUUUUAAAUCCGUCUAAUAUUAGUCUAACAGUCCUGUGCAUUGCAAACAUUGGUUUGUUUUACAAAAUAAUUGCUUAUUAUAUUUGGAUAAACACUACAGCAGAGCACAUGCAUGUAGUGCAAUCAUUCAUUUCUCAAGUCAAAUAAGAUUUUUAAAACCAACAGUUAAAUGGUUAUUUAGUGUAUCCUUUCCAGCAGGGAUAUUCUUUUCAAAUGUAAGACGCAGUUAGACUGCCACAACUAGGCAUGAAUUAUUUAAACCUUGAUUACUUAUUAGAUACUUGGUUUCCUGCUGGACAAAAGUCUUGACAUUUGCAGUUUGACCCAGUGUGAGUGUGUGACCAGAAUCCAGGAGGGUCACUGUUUUUGAUCUAAAGCUCCAGCUGUUGAGACAUUGCACUGAACUUUCAUUUUAACUAUGAAAACGAACAUGUCUUCAUUGUGCUGUUGGAAACACAGAAAAACAACCCAGUAAGGACGAUGCUGGACAUUUUUGGAUACGAUACGAUUCAAACUUCACGAAAUAUCCGGGAUUCCUGAGUUAGGCAUAUCUAAAUGCAUCUUAUUUUAUAAACUCAAGACUGCCAGAAAGCAUUUCUGUCGCUUCUUAACACUUAUUUUGGUGGAUAUACCGACCUUCAUCAUGGGCGACACUAAUUUGAACGACUCUAACGUGAAGGUGGCGGUUCGGGUUCGGCCCAUGAACCGGAGAGAAAAGGACCUGAACACAAAAUGUGUUGUGGAAAUGGAGGGGAAUCAAACUUUUCUUUACCCGGCAAACCUGGCAAAAGAUUCCAGCAGGGGUCAGCCAAAGGUAUUCGCCUACGAUCACUGUUUUUGGUCCAUGGAUGAGUCAGAAACCAAGAAGUUUGCUGGUCAGGAUGUAGUGUUUCAGUGCCUUGGGGAGAGUCUUUUGCACAACGCUUUUCAGGGUUACAACGCCUGUAUUUUUGCAUAUGGGCAGACUGGCUCUGGGAAGUCGUACACCAUGAUGGGUUCGGUGGACCAGCCCGGUCUGAUUCCCCGCCUCUGUAGCUCCCUGUUUGAACGGACCAUACAACAUCAACGGGAGGAGGAGAGCUUCACCGUAGAAGUCUCUUAUAUGGAAAUCUACAAUGAGAAAGUCCGGGACCUGCUGGACCCCAAAGGGAGUCGGCAGGCCUUGAGAGUGAGAGAGCAUAACGUUUUGGGACCUUAUGUAGAUGGACUGUCCAGGCUUGCAGUAGAAAGUUACAAGGACAUUGAGUCCUUGAUGUCUGAGGGGAAUAAAUCCCGCACCGUUGCCGCCACCAAUAUGAAUGAAGAAAGCAGUCGCUCCCAUGCAGUUUUCAAAAUCAUCCUCACGCACACACUGAAGGAUCUGCAGUCAGGGACAAGUGGGGAAAAGGUUAGUAAGUUGAGUUUGGUGGACCUGGCAGGAAGUGAGCGAGCUGCUAAGACGGGUGCUGCAGGCGAGCGGCUCAAGGAAGGCAGCAACAUCAACAAAUCUUUAACCACUCUGGGCUUGGUGAUCUCAGCGUUGGCAGACCAGGGUGCUGGAAAGAACAAGAACAAGUUUGUGCCCUACAGAGAUUCAGUGCUCACAUGGCUGCUCAAGGACAGUUUAGGCGGAAACAGUCGGACCGCCAUGGUUGCCACUGUGAGCCCGGCGGCAGAUAACUACGAUGAGACACUGUCCACAUUGCGCUAUGCAGACCGAGCAAAGAGCAUAGUCAACCAUGCCGUCGUCAAUGAAGACCCCAAUGCAAGAAUUAUCAGAGAACUCCGGGAGGAAGUGGAGAAACUGCGAGAUCAGCUGACGCAGGCUGAGUCUAUGAAGGCGCCUGAGCUGAAGGAGAGGUUAGAAGAGUCUGAAAAAUUGAUCCAGGAGAUGACGGUCACCUGGGAACAGAAACUGAGGAAGACUGAGGAAAUUGCACAAGAGAGGCAGAAACAGUUGGAGAGUCUUGGCAUCUCUCUGCAGUCAUCUGGCAUCAGGGUUGGUGAAGAUAAGUGCUUCCUGGUCAACCUCAACGCUGACCCUGCUCUCAAUGAACUGUUGGUUUAUUACCUGAAGGAACACACUAAGGUUGGAUCGGCAGACUCUCAGGACAUCCAGCUUUGUGGGAUGGGCAUCCAGGCAGAGCAUUGUGUAAUUAACAUCACUCCUGAGGGAGCUGUCUUUCUCAACCCUUACAGAAACUCAAGAACUUGUGUUAAUGGAUCUCCAGUCACAAGUAGGCAACAGCUUCACCAUGGUGAUCGUGUUUUAUGGGGAAACAACCACUUUUUCAGGAUAAACCUCCCAAAGCGGCGCUUGCGGGGUGAGGAAGAGGAGGGUGAGGGAGGGAACAUGAAGAAUAGUAACAGCAGCGAGCAGCUGGAUGGAGAGGGAGACACAGCCAGUGAGGUGUCUAGUGAGGUCAGCUUCAGCUAUGAGUUUGCUCAGACUGAAGUCAUGAUGAAGGCUCUAGGGAGCAAUGACCCCAUGCAAGCUGUACUUCAGUCUCUGGAGCGGCAGCAUGAGGAGGAGAAGAGGACUGCUCUGGAGCGCCAGCGGCUCAUGUACGAGCAGGAACUGCAGCAGCUGCGCAGACAGCUCACCCCAGACAGGCAGAGCAUGCAGAUACCGCAGUCACAGCCCCUGCAGCCACACUACCGCAGCUUGGAGAGACUAAGCCAGGGAGGGAUGUCUUCAUCACCCAGUGCCCAGCAUCGCCUGCGCCAGUGGAGUGAGGAGAGAGAGGCAGUGUUGACGCGGAGUUUCAGAAAGCUGAGGGAGCAGAUUGUGAGGGCUAAUAUGAUAGUGCAGGAGGCGAGUUUCAUUGCUGAAGAGCUGGACAAGAGGACAGAGUACAAAGUUACCCUGCAGAUCCCUGCUGCAAACCUCAACGCCAACAGAAAGCGAGAUGCUGUAUUGAGUGAACCUGCCAUUCAAGUGAGGAGGAAAGGCAAAGGGAAGCAGAUCUGGGCCCUUGAGAAGAUGGAAAACCGGCUGGUGGACAUGAGAGAGCUUUAUCAGGAGUGGAAGGACUGUGACGAGGAUAACCCUGUGAUGCGGUCAUAUUUCAAGAGAGCAGACCCUUUCUUCGAUGAGCAAGUGAACCACAGCUUGAUCGGCGUGGCCAACGUUUUCCUCUCCUGCCUCUUCUACGACGUGAAACUACAAUACGCCAUUCCCAUAAUCAAUCAGAAAGGAGAGGUUGCCGGGCGACUGCAUGUGGAGGUGAUGAGAGUGGGUGGGGGGUUUGAUGACAGCAUAGCCGGAGGAGACGACAGUGAUGGAAGCCCAGAGGGUGAAGUACAGGAACGCAAGCUGGUCUGUAUGAUUAAGAUCCUACAGGCUACAGGUCUCCCGCAGUACCUGUCCAAUUUUGUCUUCUGUCAGUACUCAUUCUGGGAUCAGCCAGAGCCCAUCAUUGUCGCACCGGAAGUAGAUCCCUCAGCCUCCUUCUCCAACAGCAAAGACCCCCACUGCAUGGUUGUGUUUGACAGCUGUAAGGAGUAUGCUGUGACUGUGACGGAGGAUUUUAUCGAGUACCUGACGGAGGGUGCAAUGGCCAUCGAGGUGUACGGACACAGGCAGGCUGAUCCUGGCAGGAACCCUGCACUGUGGGAUCUCAGCAUCAUCCAGGCCAAAACACGCACAUUACGUGAUAGGUGGAGUGAGGUCACACGUAAACUGGAAAUGUGGGUGCAGAUUCUGGAGCUGAAUGAGAAUGGAGAGUACAUGUCUGUUGAAGUAGUACCUGCGCGAGAUGUUCGAACGGGAGGCAUCUUCCAACUUAAACAGGGCCAGUCCCGGCGGGUGCAGGUAGAGGUGCGUUCCGUGCAGGACUCCGGCACGAUGCCUUUGAUUGCAGAGAUCAUUCUUGGAGUGUCCAUCGGCUGUGUGGAGAUCAGACAGGCGCGGAUGACCAAAGCCAAUGACCCACAAGAGCCUGAGGGUGAUGAAAUGGAUAGUUAUCAGGAGCGAGAUUUGGAGCGCCUGAGGCGUCAGUGGCUCACUGCUCUCACUAAAAGACAAGAGUAUCUGGACCAGCAUCUUCAGAGCUUGGUCAGCAAAGCAGAUAAGUCAGAGGAUGACGUGGAGAGGGAGGCACAGCUACUUGAGGGGCGUCUGACGCUCACAGAGGAGAGAAAUGCAGUGAUGGUGCCCUCUGCUGGCAGUGGAAUACCAGGAGCUCCUGCUGAGUGGGUACCAGUGCCUGGGAUGGAAACUCACAUUCCUGUACUCUUCCUCGACCUGAGCGCCGAUGACUUCAGCUCUCAGGAUAACCUGGACGUUCCAGAGGCAGGCGGCUGGGAUGCCACAAUUAGCGCAGAGGAUGAGGAUGAAUUUUUUGACCUUCAGAUUGUCAAACACUAUGAUGGAGAGGUGAAAGCCGAAGCUUCUUGGGACUCCACUGUUCACGAGUGCCCGCAGCUGAGUCGAGGUACUGCCCCAGAUCAGAGGGUGUAUCUGAUCAUCCGCACUGUGGUGCAGCUCAGCCACCCUGCAGAGAUGCAGCUAGUCCUGCGCAAACGCAUCUGUGUGAACCUCACUGGACGACAGGGAUUUGCUCAAAACUUCCUGAGGAGAAUGUCUACCAGGAGCACGAUACCUGGCUGUGGUGUGACCUUCGAGGUGGUCUCCAACAUCCCAGGGCAGGACAGUCAGAGUUCAGAGGACAGAGAGAUGUUGGCUCGUGUGGCUGCCAGUGCAGAGAACCCCAAAUCCUCAGACAAUGAAGCUGCUAUUGAGAAGUACCUGCGGAGCGUCCUGGCUGUGGAGAACAUCCUCACGCUGGAUCGACUGAGACAGGAGGUGGCAGUGAAGGAGCAUUUGGCAGGUAAAGGCAAAGGCAGCAGACGCAGUCUCAGCUCUCCCAGUGUGCACCGUUUAACUGGAAGCAGGCAGGAUCUCUCUCUAAACUCUGUACUGGAUGACAACAAGACUCAAUGGGAAAGUCAGCAAGAUAUCUUCAUGACAUCCUCCCAGUUCAGCAAAACACUGCCACGACCAUCCAGAUCUCCCACACCUCCUAUGCCGAGUCAGAAUCAAGACCCUGAGCAAGGUUUAUCAGGGCUUGCUGCUUCUUAUAUCUCCCCAGUCAAGGCCCUGGUGCCUCAGAUGCCUAAACUGCUCAAGUCCCUGUUCCCAGUGCGCGAUGACAAGAAAGAUUUGAGAGUCUCUCCACACUCCCAACAGCAUAUGCCACGAAUAAUGAUGCAAAUGGCCAGCAGCCCUGAUGAAGGAAGAGUACGAAUAGAACCGGUUACAGUAGUAGGGAAGAGUCCUGCUUCAGACAGACACCAAGAUGGCCCUGAUGCCCAAUCCUCUAUGCAUGAUCCGCAUGACCUGCUCCUGAGCCCCAUCAGCGAGGCCUCCAGUGGCUAUUUCUCUACUAGCGUCUCCACUGCCACCCUUUCCGACGUCUCCAUUGCUUGCGGGGACCUUACCCAUACCCCCAAUACACAAGUGGGCCCUAUAGCAUCCAGACAAAGAGGCGACGACAAUGAAGAACAUCUACCAACCCAUGUUAAUGCUUCUGUUGCUCCUGUAGAAGCUGGGCUAAAAUACGACCCUGUUGAGGAACCUCUAAGCCUUAAAGAUACCCAGGCAGCUCACAGGAAUGGUGUCACCACCUCCAAGCAAGAGGCACAGCUAAACACAACCCCUCCCCAAGUGUUAAGUACCACCACGGACAACCCUUUCUCCUUCCAGAAGUUCAAAACCAAUGAACUCAGGUCUUUCACUAGCAUUCUUGGUCAGGAACAAGGAGACAGUGGAGGAAAUGCGACCACAACACAAGGUCCGCAAACGAACAGUCUGGAAAAGCUUGAGAUAACAUCUGAUGAGGAUGUGGAACCUAAGGAACUGGCUUGGCUCAAGGUAGGAGGAAGAGUAACCGUGGGAACAAGCAAGUCCGGCACUGUCCGCUACAUCGGCCCAACACACUUCUCAGAAGGCAUCUGGGUCGGGGUGGAACUAGACACUCCGUCAGGUAAAAAUGAUGGUUCCAUUGAGGGCCACCAAUACUUCCGUUGCAGCCCUUGUUACGGAGUGCUAGUACGUCCAGAUCGGUUGAGUCGACGGGAAGCUUCCAAAAGGCAUGCCGAAAAUCGCCGCAGUGGAGAGUUCACUCAGCAACUUCGGGGAGGUGCUAGCACUGCCAUUAAGAAAGGGGAGAAUCGCAAAUCUUGGACCAGCUAAUUGACAAUGAGUUGACCUGGAUACAACUAAAAUGUUAGUUGAGCUUCAACUCCAGAAUCUUCAUCUAAUGGAGGAGUUGACAUUAAUUCAUCACUGUGCUUGGGCUAAUCUUUUUUCUGAUACCCAAAUUUGCAUGGAAGUGGUACAACAUUCCUUCACGCACCCCUCUAUGGCUUUACAUAAUUUAUGUGCUAUGUGUAGCAUAUGGGAGGGGUAUGACUGUUAUAAAUUGUAUGCCAUAUCAGGGGUUGUCUUGAUGAUCGUAAAUAGUCAUUCAGAGUGAAUGAGGCUCCCUCUUCUAUGGGGUCAACCCAUCAUUCUUGUUGUGCCCUAGUUUUAACAAGAGUCCAUUUUUGGACUGAUAUUUUAAAUUAUGCUUGAUUAUGCUCUUCCCUGCUUAGUCAGUUAUCAAUUUUAAGUUUCCUGAAUGUGCCUUUUGAGCCAACUCUUUUUGUCACCCCCCAUUGGUCCUUCGUAACACUAGCAAGAACGUAGUGAUGAAGGUUAUGGUCUGUGUGUAAGAGAUUAUCUCAGGGAUCAGAAAAAGUUAUUGGAUACACAUUACGUGUUAGAUGUCCAGGGGGGUUUUCAGCUCAAAGCCACUAUUGAGGGGGUAUGCGUGUAUUUAAGUGCAUCCUUCUGGUUUAAAAAAAUUGGGCAUUGCCCUGAGCAGGUAAAUGCAGGUGAUGUCAGUUUGUUCAUGUUGUGAAGUGCUACUAUUACUUGGAUUGUGAUUAGAGGACAAAAUCCACACGCCAGAAUAUUUUAUUUUAGUAUGGCAUCACUGGAACACUAUAUUCUAGAUGGAUCUGGCCAUUGGAUCCAUCAUUGUAUGGGGAGAAUUUUUAGACGUGACUGAAUUGGCACAUUCAGGGUUAAUUAACUAGUUUAAUUAGACUCCCACUUAAUGGUUCUGAUGAUGGACUGAAAAAAACUUAUUUUAGAAGGGCUUAUUUACAACACUGAAAUGCAAUCUGUUGGGUUGGGGUGCAUUUUAGUAAGCAGCCUUUUAAUUGGAAUUUUGUUAUUGCAAUUACUUAAAAACAAAGGCCAAAUUUAAAUUAUUUGUGCUGCAAUUUAUCGAAAAGUAGCUCAGUUCGAUUGUUUGAUUGGUUUUGAAAGUUCUUCCAUGACAAGGUCACAGCAACAGCACAUUCCAGAUUUCAUUUUAGCUUGGGAGCUAAAGUAGUAUGUGUUGAACCGAUUACUGGCAAUAUGCACAUCUUAUAAUUUAUAUUAAAAAAGUCAUUUAAUUUCAUUUUUUAGCAUACUGUAUCAUAAAGGGGGCGCAUUUUAUAGAGUUUUUAAAAAGGAGCAUGAUUCCAUAUAAUGCUCUGAACUUCAUGAUGGAGGAAAAAAAGGCGCGUUAUUCCAUUUUUAUAUUCUAUUUUCGUGGAAGUCCUCUUGUGAUUUCUGAAAUCUAAUGCAAUAUCAAAUUCUUAAAAUAUAUUUUAAUGGUUGUAGGUAUGUAUAUUGAUUUUAUAAAGUGUAAAAAAAAAAAAAAAAAAAACAAUCCCAUGAAUGGAAAAUUAAUUUGCACAUUUGAUUUGUAGUAGCUUAUGUGCCCAAAGGGUACUUACAGUAGUUUUAUUGUAAAUUAACUUAAACUAACUGAUGAUCCACUGUAAAUCUGCAUUUCACUGGAUUUGGUGCUCAAAAGUCAAAAGCAUUUUGAAAUUUUGAUCUAAGAAAAGAUGCAUUUUUCCACAACCGCACAACGAGUUUCAAGUUGCCUAUUAAUUUGUGUUUGCCUGUAGAGUUGUGUCUAGAUGUGUGUUCAGAUGUAGAGUUGAGGUCUUCCCAUAUUUUAAUGUAUCUCGAUCUGUGCCUCAUUCAUCAUGGAAAAAAGAAACGCACACAUGGAGCACGACUUCACCAUUGCUGCUGUUAUUAGCAACCACAAAGGCUUCAGACAAGAAGAUUGGCCUGCUGGUCAUAUUAGUGACUAGUUGUCCUAGUAAAUUUAAAGGGAUAACUCACCCAAAAACUGAAAAUUCUCUCAUCAAUUACUCACCCUCAUGUCAUCCCAGAUAUGAAUGACUUUCUAUCUUGUUUUUAGAAGAA